AUGGCGAAAUUAGGAGCAACUUUCUCCUGUCUCCUCUCCUGUCUCUUUCUCUUGUUUUUGGGUUCAGUUUCAGCAAUCAAAGAUGAUCUUCAAGAUAAACAGGUGUAUAUCGUCUACAUGGGUUCACUUCCUUCACGAGCGGACUAUACACCAAUGUCACAUCACAUAAAUAUACUUCAAGAGAUCACUGGAGAAAGCUCGAUCGAAGGUCGUUUGGUGAGAAGUUACAAGAGGAGUUUCAACGGCUUCGCGGCCAUGCUCACUGAGUCAGAACGAGAACGAGUAGUUGAAAUGGAGGGAGUCGUGUCUGUGUUCCCAAACAAGAUGUUACAACUCCAAACGACGAGAUCUUGGGACUUCAUGGGGUUAAAGGAAGGAAAAGGGACAAAGAGGAAUCCGACUGUGGAAAGCGAUACCAUUAUCGGAGUCAUCGACAUUGGGAUUUGGCCGGAAUCUGAAAGCUUCUCCGACAAAGGCUUUGGUCCUCCUCCAAAGAAAUGGAAAGGUGCUUGCUCCGGCGGUCGAAACUUCACAUGCAACAACAAGUUGAUUGGGGCAAGAGACUACACAAGGGAAGGCACUAGGGACACUGACGGCCACGGUACACACACAGCGUCAACAGCAGCUGGAAACGCAGUCGCGGACGCAAGCUUCGUUGGAAUCGGCAAUGGAACGGCAAGAGGUGGCGUUCCAGGCUCUAGAAUCGCCGCUUACAAAGUCUGCAGCGCCAGAGGGUGUACUUCGGAAGCUAUAAUGUCUGCGUUCGAUGACGCGAUAGCAGACGGUGUCGACCUCAUCAGCAUCUCUAUGGGGAACAAAACCGCGCAAAUGUUUCACGAGGACGCAAUCGCGAUCGGGGCGUUUCACGCUAUGACCAAAGGGAUUCUAACUGUUAUUUCCGCUGGUAAUGGAGGUCCGACAGAUAGCUCAGUCACGGCUGUAGCGCCAUGGCUAUUAACCGUUGCAGCCAGUACCACGAACCGUGGUUUUUUCACCAAAGUUGUUCUCGGAAACAACAAGACACUUGUCGGGAAGACAGUGAAUGCUUUUGAUUUGAAAGGAAAGAUGUACCCUCUAGUUUACGGAAAAUCUGCUGCUUUGUCUGCUGACAAAGAAGAGUUUGCUGAGCUUUGUUUGCCAGGGUGUGUAGAUAUUUCCAAAGUGAAGGGAAAGAUCUUAGUGUGUAACAGUCAGGAUACUUUGGGUCUGUUGGAGCCAUCGAUAAAAUUUGCAGCUAUUGCAAUCAUUUAUCCAACCGUUAUACCAGACGUCGCCUUCCUUCAGCCUUUCCCUUCCUCUGCUUUACAAGAAGAAGACCAUCAAUCUCUACUCUCUUACAUUGAGUCCACAAAUUCUCCACAAGCGGCCGUUCUAAAAACUGAGUCAAUUUUCAAUCAGACAUCUCCUGUUAUUGGUUCCUUCUCUUCUCGCGGUCCAAACAACAUCGCUGUUGAUAUUCUCAAGCCGGAUGUAACAGCACCAGGAGUGGAGAUCCUCGCUGCAUAUUCACCUUUGGGUUCACCAGCUUCUACAGGGGACGAUACAAGACAUGUGAACUUCUCUGUUGUCUCCGGAACUUCCAUGUCUUGUCCGCACGUUGCAGGUGUCGCUGCGUAUGUCAAAACAUUUUACCCUAAAUGGUCUCCUUCCAUGAUUCAAUCUGCCAUCAUGACAACCGCUUGGCCGGUAAAUGCUACUGGAACUGGCUUCACAUCGACCGAGUUUGCUUAUGGAUCUGGACAUGUCGACCCAGUAGCCGCUCUAAAUCCGGGACUUGUCUAUGAACUGAACAAAGCAGACCACAUCGCCUUUCUCUGCGGCAUGAACUACACUGUGACUUCCCUGAAACUCAUUGCCGGUGAAGCCGUCAAUUGCUCCAAAGAUAACGAAAUCUUACCAAGAAACCUCAACUAUCCUUCAAUGUCGGCUAAACUGUCUAGUAACAGCUCCUUCACCGUUACCUUCGACAGAACCGUCACCAAUGUAGGUACCCCAAACUCUACAUACAAGUCAAAGAUAGUCGCUGGUCACGGAUCUAAGCUCAGCGUCGAGGUCACGCCUAGUGUUCUGUCUUUUGAGACGGUGAGCGAGAAGCAAUCGUUCAAGGUGACUGUUACAGGCAGUGAACUAAACUCAAAACUGCCUUCGUCUGUGAAUCUAAUCUGGUCGGACGGUACUCAUAACGUGAGAAGUCCCAUUGUUGUCUGGACUAGAUGA